UUCCUCCACUGCUGCUUGCCCUCCUGUCCUUGUUCCCGCAGGUCUUUCCUGUUACGGUUUCAAUUGAUUUGUGCUAGAUUCUCCAUCUGUGCUGUGUGCGCCAUGGAUUUCUCCAACCUCAAAGAACAGGUCAGCAACCUGACCUUGUAUGAUCUCAAGGCGGGAGUCCGCAAGGUCCAGAAUGCGGUCAUGAACUAUACCGAGAUGGAGGCCAAGGUCCGAGAAGCUACAAACAAUGAACCUUGGGGUGCUUCGAACACACUUAUGCAUGAGAUUGCCAGUGGAACCCACAGCUAUCAAUUGCUCAACGAGAUCAUGCCUAUGAUUUACAAGCGCUUCACAGACAAGACAUCGGAGGAAUGGCGACAAAUCUACAAGGCGCUCCAACUUCUAGAGUUCCUUGUCAAGAACGGAUCCGAACGAGUUGUCGACGAUGCCCGCUCCCACAUGUCCUUGAUUCGGAUGCUUCGCCAAUUCCACUACAUCGACCAGAACGGAAAAGACCAGGGUAUCAACGUGCGCAACAGGUCAUCGGAGUUGGUUAAGCUGCUCGGUGACGUCGACUUGAUCCGCUCGGAGAGGAAGAAGGCCAGGGCCAACCGCAACAAGUUUGGUGGAUUUGAGGGUGGCUCGCACAUUGGCGGUGGCAUGUCCAGCUCUAGCUCCGGCAGGUAUGGCGGCUUUGGCAGUGACAGCCUCUCGUUUGGUGGAUACAGUGGAGGUGUCUACGGUGACGGUGGUGGAUUCGGAGGCAACACAGGCGAUUUCGGGGACUCCGGGAGACGUUCCAAUCGCUUCGAGGAAUAUGACGAGUAUGAUGAGGGCGAUGCUAGUCCCCCGCGCCGGCGCGGGCCCAGUCCUCCCCGUGCUAGUGCUACUCGCCAGGCCAAACAGCCGGCCGCUCCUGCUCCUAAGGAACCCGAGCAAGACUUGUUCGACUUUGGAGAGGAGGAGACUGUCGCGACAUCUGUCAGCGCUUCCAAGAAGCCUGCCACAGGCAAUGGCCUAGAUAUCCUCGACACCAAGCCUGCUGACGACGACGACUUUGACGAUUUCCAAUCCGCCACGCCUGCGCCUGCGCCUGCGCCAGCAUCGUCAGCCCAGUUUGCCAUUCCCCCGCCGGCCUCCACCGUCAGCACGACCUCCAGCACGCAGUUCGCUGCCCCCAAGCCAGUCUCGGCCACCCAGGGCUCGAACCUGAACGGCAUUGUAGGCUUCACCUCGAUGACCCCUACCCCGACCUCGAGCACGAUGGCGUCUCCCACACUCUCUCAGAGCUCCCUGGCACAGGCCCAGAAACCCGCGCAACCCAAGCCUAGUGGCUUCCAGGCCGCCACUCCCAACUACUUCACCUCUGUUUCCACCCUCUCCAACACGACUCAGCAACCUGCUAUGGGUCACCGCCCCAACAUGCCUUCCACCUCCUCUUUCACUUCCACCACGCCCUCUACCCCCUCUGCCGCCAACAAGCCCGCUGCCCCCAAGGCAUCCGGUGACGUCUUUGGAUCUCUCUGGUCCACCGCCAGCGCCAGCGCCGGUAUUCAGAAGAACAAUACGGGCGGAAACAAGGGCCCUAACCUAGCCAGCAUGGCCAAGCAAAAGGCCAGCGCCGGCAUCUGGGGCGCUCCCGCUGCUUCAGGCAGUCCUGCAUUCAACCAGAGCAGCAGCAGCGGGGUGCCGAAGACAACGGGAAGCUCUGGCCUAGACGACCUACUGGGCUAGGUUGAUGACUAUCUCAGCUCGACCUUUAUGUCGUUGUCUCCUUCUUUUACCCCGCUUAGCUGAAUGUUCUCUUUUUCUUUUUUGGCACUGUUCGAGUGACUGUGUGUAUACCGUAGUACGAAUAUUUCUUCUCUUAUUUUAUUUGCUUGCGUGCAAGAUCUAAAAUAGCAGGCCUACCCUAACUCACUUUUCUUCUUUUUUCAUCUAUUCUGCUAUCUACCUAUUGCCUCUAGCCGAUUCUUCGUGUGACUACUCCAGAUAUAUUCUCGUUCUCCCGUGGCAUAAUAGCUCGGCCCCCCUAUUCCCUGGUAUGAUAUGGUAUGGUACGUUACUUGAUAACUCAAGGGUACCCUUGAACCUAUCCUGUACUCCUUUCUCUAUCGAAAAGCAGAAAAGUUCUAUAGGAU